UUUUUAUUAUAAUAUGAUUUUAGACCAAUUACUCGAUAUCUAUAACAGAGAAUGAUUAAAUUAACCGGAUAAACACAAAAUGUACCGUAACAUAAAUGCACUAUAUCACUAAACUAUUAUGAUAAAAUCGUAGAAAGUCUGAUUUUGAAAGCAAAUGCAGUGAAUAGGUCUAUCCAGAGGUUAUUAAUCAAAUUGUAUUAUAAGCAAUAAUCAAACGGUAUCGAAAACCUGGGAAAAUACAAAAAAUACUUACAAUUGAAUACGGUCAUAAAAUAGAAAUGAGUGAUUUUAUCUUAAGUGAAAUUGUAAUAGAAAAUGAAUUCUAAUGUAUGGUUAUUAUUUCUCAAAUUCAUUUGUUGCAAAAUAUUUUGUGAAAAUUGCUAAAAAAGAGCAACUGACGAAUGAAGAAAGAAUAAUGGAUAAAUAAUGAUGCAAUAGCCAUUACUCAAUGCACAAUCUUAUAAUUUUUUGUUGCGAAUAAAAUAAGUUUAUAGUUAAUGGCAGAAGGUCUCCAAAAAUGAUGAGAAACUAAUUAAUAUUUUACGAAAGUUUGAUAGUCUCAAAUAAGUAAUAAAUGAUUAUUCAUUUUCGUGAUACGCUUAAAAGAUAGGCCUAAAAAUGAUGAGUUUGUGCAGUAUUUAUAAUAAUGGGAUGAUUCCUGUUACGAAAACUUGUAUUUGGAAAGAGGUGUCGCACCUUUCAACCAGUUUUUAUGAAAUUAUCUGAUUGGAAAAGUGAUGAAGCAGAUAAUAUUAGCAUUGACCGCCAUGCUGUUGUAUAGUGUCAACGCACAGGCUGACAAAUACACCGAUGAGAAUCGGCCAUACAAGUUUGCUUUCAAUAUUGACGGCUAUCAACAUCGGUCUGAAGAAAAAGACGAGAAAGGCCUGAUAAAAGGUGAAUAUGGUUUUGUCACUGGGGAUGGAGUCUACCAUGUUACAGUGUAUGCAACUGAUGAAAAUGGCAAUUUCAAAAUACUAAGCAUGAAAAACUAUUUCAUUGGUUUGCCUACAGAUGGACCAACCCAACCCACUCCACAAACAACUCCUCGGAUGAUUACAACCCUGAAAAGAACCAAUACACCUCCAACAACAAUAAAAACAACUCCACCAACACCAAGAACAACACAGGGAGGUAUUAUGGGCUGUGGAGGCUGCAAAAUACCCACAACUUCCUCAAAACCAAAUUUGAACUCUGAUUUAGAUUUUGAUAUUGAUCCUCAUAUCAGGUUUGAAAAGAUCACCGGAACGGAUGUUCCCAUCCCAGAAACUGAAAAAGAUGUGAAUGAACUGAAAGGUGUGUAUUUCAAGUGGUUCUAUGGGAGAUGA